AUGGCUAGUCUCAGCAAAUUAUUGGACUCUUCGACCCGUUUUGACCUCAGCACAUCAGUAUGGAUUAGGAAUGUGACGUUGGAGUCUGGUGUGAGGGGGCUCAGCGGCUUGAUAGUAUGGUUUUGGUCCAGUCGACGCAUCGAUAUCCCCUCCCCAUUCGCUGAAGUAGUAUCCCUGUCUUCCGCCGAGGAUAAGGAGCAGCUAAUGCCAUCAAGCGCGUCAGUCACCACCACAUCACGUCUGACAACGGCGUCACCGACAUCGACUUUGAUUGAAAGGGGGUAUGAGACCACGUUUGACUUUGUCAAGGGCGUGUAUGUGGAUAACGGAGGGAGGCAUAGUCGACGCGUGGUACGAGCCGGAAGUGUUCCGAGAGAUGUGAAAAGGCCCAAGGGCUGGUGGGAGGGCAUUCACUAUCGAUUCGUUAUUACAUACAAGCAUUCACCCGUACAUUCUACCACGGCUCUCGUCCAGACAGGAAUCCGAGAUUCUCACUACACUAUCACAUUCAUAGAUAGCUGUGGAACGCAUACCUAUUAUGGUGCUUACACGCACGGGAGGCUGGAGAAAAGAGCGAGAAUCAUGAAGGACAUCGUGCCCAAGGAUCAUCGAGUCCAUACUCACUGCUUCACCGACACCGCCGCAUCCGGCCGCAGUUUCCUGGAGCGUCCUCUGCUACAGGCCAGGCCCUCUGCUACGCAGCAAACCUCAUCGCUGCCGAACAAUGCCGGCCACCGAUUGCAAGUAGAUCCUGCUGGAGACCAACGCGUCGUCCAUGGUUCCGGCAGACGUGUAUGGCGCGUUAGAGCCCAAACAGUCGGGGCUUCCGUUUUCGCUGGAUGUAGCAAGGGAAGGUGCCAGGACGGUGUAUGGGGUGUAAUAUCGUGGAAAUUCUGUUUCCCUCUCCGCAAGGACUUGUUCACUAGGCCGGUGCAUGAGAUCCCCGCAUUGAAGCGAGAUAGCUACACUUCUCCGCUUCCGGUGCUGUUGUUGUCAGAGCCAGCGGAGUGUUUUCGGAAGAAUACAGCACGGUGCAAGCCGCCGGUCGAUAGGACCGAUCAAGUUAUCAUAUCGAUCGCGACGGACAGACGACGAAAUCCCAUCUCACCCCGCUUAGUGGGGUAA